AUGGCGCUUGAUGCCUGCUCAGGCCAUGCUGCCGAGGAAAUGACGCUCCUGGACCGCCCUGGCCGCCGACCAACAGUCCCAAUUUCUCCCAUUUCUCCGGGUCUUGCCCAGGAUCCGAUUCCCCAACAGAAAAGCGAGAUAACACCAGUUCCGCCAAGUCCAUCACCACCAUCCGACGCAUCCGAUUCUCACGUCGAGGACACGAUUGUCUGCGCUCCUGUAGGACAUAACUUGCGUCCGCGGAGGCAGCAAUCACAUGCAAAGAGACGCGUAACAUUUGAUGAGGUAUUUCAGGAUGGAAAUGCCGCGGUUAAACAUUUCAUCGUGCAGGUUCCAUCUUCUGACGGGCUGUGGUAUAUUCUGCACUGUGACGAGCAUCAGAAAGCUUUUCAACAUCCUGCCUUGAGAGGUGCAGCAGCGCAUCUCAAAGGCCGCAAACAUGGGUUUCCAUGGUACCCCACAAGCCUGGAAGUCGUCAAGCAUUUUGGUGUUGAGGUUGUAGACUGCGAUGCCGAGUUGGCGGAGAAGAAUAAUUCCGUUGCUCUGGUGGUCAGCCAAGCCAGCAAGAAGCCUUCUUCCGAAUGCAAAGUGGAUAAACCGAGCCCGAAGAAACGACAACAUGAAUCCAACGAGUCCGAGGUCAAAGAAAAGGAACUCUCCAGGCGGAGUCCGAAGCAACGGAGGCUUAGCGGAAUCACCAGGCCGACUCCUGGUCGUAUUUACCUGGCCUACUGGGAAACGACAAAAGACUGGCUUCCCGCCCUGGUCCUCCCUCACAUAGGUCUCGAAGCCUUCGGAAUUUCAAGCACCCUUGAGAAACUCGGCUUGAUGAAUCAAACGCCAGACUGCCUGAGAUGUGAACCCGAUACUCAAAAUCUCAAGUGGGGGGAAGGUUACGAACAUGACGGGCCUCGUGCGAUGGACCGAGAGUUUCCCGUCCUGUUUUUCGAUAGACGCGACUUUCCCGACCAAGCCUCUGCUGCUUGGGUCAAGGCGAGUGACUUGCAGGAGUUGAAUGUUUUUAAAACUUCUUCACGGCUUGUGCCGAACUUGAAGUUUGCAAAAAAGUACCUUCGGAAGAGGUUACAGCAAGAGACGGAGUUUGCGGAUGAGGACUAUGAGGAUUCAUGGGCUUCUUCGGAAAGCGACUCUGAGAACCCUCCUCUAUGCGUAACAGACGACAGCCCGCCCAAACCCGCUUUCACAUCUGUUCGCUUAGAGGCAGAACAGGCUGUGGCUGAUGUUCCCAAAAACACCGCCGUGGGAGAGAAAGCCCCAUUAUCCGCAAAUGAUGGACCAGAAGCUACACUUCCAGCUUCUAUGCCACUGACCCCCGGCGAAAGCCGACCUGGGACUUCUUCAAAGCCCCAGGUUGAGGCAACCACAAUAAACCCCGUCAGCCAGCCCAUUGCGGAAGACAUUACAAUAAUUUCCAUAUCCAGCUCCGAAGACGAGAUGGAUGAUCAAGAUCAGCCCACCAAGUCGAGUCAACCGCCAACUGCAGACAACAAUAUCGCCCAGACCCCCGAUCCCAGCGGAAACCCGGCCACCAGCAACUCGGCCACUCCAAGCUAA